UGAAUAGAUUUUUUUAUAAAUUUUGGGUGCUGUAGGGUGUAUUUUGAUAGAUGAGUCAAAAAUCUGACGGCGGAAACGGAAUAAACAAGUUCACUGUAAACUUUCAAAAUUAAACUUAACAAAAUUUUAGAUUCUUUUAAUAAUAAAAUUUAUUAAAGCAUUCAUGUAUGCGGAACCAGGAGACUGGGACUCCACAGAUGGUAUAUGGAAACAAGGAUCUAAAAAAUACAAAAAUAAUUUGAAAUAUCUUAGAAAUGAUAUUGAAAGGUUAGAUGAAUAUUGGAAAAAAGUAAUUCCAGAAAUGUAUCGAGAUAUGUAUGAAGAAAACGAAAUUCAACUAAACAAAUCACUUCCUUCAAUUAAACAUUUAUUUAAAAAAAUUAAUUAUCAUUUUAUUAAUUAUCACAAACUUGGAAAUUUCAGAGAUUAUCCGAAGACAGAUAAAAUCGUUCAUAUUGGAGGUAUUGUUGUUGAGGAUAAAAAGAUUUUAACACAAGAAAAAGCAGAAGAAAAUGAAGUAAUAGUUAAAUAA